AUGUUGCCUAUUUUGAUAAUCAGUUGGAUAACAUUUUCUUUCAGUAAUAUUUGUAUUCAUGCAAACAAUUUAAAUCCUCAUUCUGAUUUAAAUCAAAAACAUUAUACUGAAGAAAAAGAUUCCAAUAUUAAAGUUAUUUAUGAAGCGACAAGAUCUGUAUGUUAUAAUAAAGGUCAAGCAAUUGAAUGUUCUCCACCAUUUACAAAUAUUGCUGAAAGUGUUGAUAUUAAAGCAACUUCAACAUGUGGUCAAUUUGAUCAAUCAGAAGAAAUAUGUAGAUAUGUAAUGGGACAUGAAAAAUGUGAAACAUGUGGUAAAGGUGAGAAAUUUGGAACACACUUAUUAACUGAUAGACAUCAAAUGAAUAAUGAAACAUGUUGGAUUUCAGGAUCUGUUUUACCAGGUGAUACAGUAAAUCUAACUUUAUCACUAGGUAAACGUUUUGAAGUUUACUAUAUUUCUUUGCAACCUUGUGGUCAAUUGCCUGAUUCAAUUGCUUUAUAUAAGUCAUCUGAUUUUGGUGUAACAUGGAAACCAUGGCAAUAUUUCUCAACUGAUUGUUAUCGAGCUUUUCAUUUGCCUACCAGUAAUGAGCAUAAUGCACAAAUCUCUUUAGCAAACAUACAAGAAGUUUUAUGCGUUGCUUUAAAAUCACAAGAUGUACAUGAUAAUUCAGGACGAUCAUCAAAUGUUAUCGCAUUUAGUACAACUAUUGGACGACCAUCAAUGCAACCGUGGAGUUCAGCACUGAUCGACUGGAUGACUAUGACGGAUUUAAGAAUAAGUCUUAUGCGAUUUCCGGAAUAUCGAGACGAAGUUCAAUAUGACUCAAAUGGACUAUUUCUAAACCCAAGUUUACUAAAACAAACAAAUGUAUUUCGUGUUAGUGGCAAUCCUGGUAUUGGUGGUUAUGGUACAAAUCCUGUAUUGUCCGAGGCAGGUACACUGGAUAUGUCACAACAUCUAUAUCAGUCUGAUAUGCACUAUUCAAAAACACCUGAAAGUAAAACACCUGUUCACUUUUCUUUCUCUGAUUUAUCUAUCGGUGGUCGGUGUAAGUGUAAUGGACACGCUAACCGUUGUGUCAGAGAUCGAAUAGUUGGUACAGCAAUAACAACAGAUAAUAAUGGUCAGACAAAAUCUCAGUGGGGGCCCCUUAGAUGUGAUUGCCAACAUAAUACAGAAGGAACUGAUUGUGAACGUUGUUCACCUGGUUAUUUAGAUAGACCGUGGGCAAGAGGUACUUCUGAGUCAGCUAAUGAGUGUAAACGAUGUGAUUGUAAUCUGCACUCGAAUUCAUGCGUUUUUUCAAACCAGUUAUAUUUAAUGUCAAUGAAAGUAAGCGGUGGUGUAUGUCAAGAUUGUCAACAUAAUACGGUCGGGAGAAGAUGUCAUAAUUGUGUAACAGGCUACUAUAGAGAUUGGACAAAGCCUGUUAGCCAUGAUCAAGUCUGUUUGGAAUGUCGAUGCCAUCCAAUUGGAUCGAUCGCUAACCAACAUUGUGAUCGUAAAACUGGUCAAUGUCCAUGUAAACCAGGAGUUGUUGGACAAGCAUGUAAUCGUUGCCAAGAGGGUUAUAAACAGACACGUUUACCUGAUUCACCAUGUAUUAAAGCUAUGGAACAUUACGCGCAUAGAAGAAAAGACAAUGAUCAAACAUCUCAUUCAACCAAAUCCCAGUUGUCUAAACCAGAGACUGAUAUCAAUUGUCCUCCAUGUGAAAGAAGUAAAAAAAGAAUAAGAUUUAAGAAGUUUUGUCGUUGUGAAGCUGUUUUUCGUGGCAUAGUCAAAUCUCGAACAGUUCAUGGAGAUUUAAUGCGUCUUGAAGUCGACAUUCAAAACACAUGGCGUAUUACUGGAGCAGCUGAACACUUAUUACCUAAAACAGCAUCGCCAAAUCUACCAGCCUAUCGAGUUUGGUUACGCAUCAAAAAUAACUCAGAAGAUAAACGUCAUUCACGAUGUCUAUGUCCAAACCUUCAAGUUGGUCAAUCAUAUUUGUUCAUAACACGUUCGCAUCAGGUCCCAUAUGGCGAUCGAAUGGAGUUAUUACUUGAUACACAUAGUGUAGUAUUAAAAUGGAGAGAAUCAUGGAGAAGACGAUUGUCAAAAUUUGUACGUCGUGCUGCACGUGAAUCAUGUGAUAGUGAGAAAAAUUCAGUUGUUGAUGACGACAAUAUUGAUGAUAACAAUAAUGAUAAAUUAAAAAGAACUCGUCAAGUACAACGGUUACGUCUAGGUUCUGAUUACUACUCGUCAAACAAUCAAGGGAAUCAACAUAAUCGAAUACAAUCCCACACUUCACCUUCAACAUUAUCAUCGAAUUACCAGUUGAAUAGGUUAAGGUCACCCACAAAACUACCAUCUAACAAAUUAAAAAAACAAAUCAGUCAAUCAUCCAUCAUUUCCGACCCACAUAGUUCUAAAGAGGUUAGUUUAAAUUACCCACAUGAUAAGAAUAAAUUUCAAUAUAUAACCAAUAAAAAUAUGUAUUCAUCAUUUUAUUCAAAUCAAUGA